GUUGGACGUGUCCGUGAGAUUCUCAUAUCAUCCGAGGAUCUGGACGCUGUUGUUCAUGUUGGACUCCAGCUCUUUUCAUUCGCAGACACUUUGCAUACUUCUGUCCGUCUACCCUGUCUGAACCUGACCGAUGAUGAGGUUGUCACAAUGGCGGUGGAUAUCAUAUGUGUUGUUAAUCUCCAGCACAACUGUGUUGAUUCACAAUGUUCAGACACCAUCCUGCAACCUGUGCGCCAAGAACGGCUUGAAACUUCUCGUAUGAAACCCAUCAUUCGGCAUAAGUCAACCCCACACUACUUCAUCAACGCCUACUCUAUUCAUAACUAUGAUCAUAUCCAUCUUGUACUUCCUGAGACACUCCGUGAAUCACCGCUGAGAGUUACAAAUGUGGCAGAGGUUCGGGAAAUGGCCGUACAACAGAUGAAACAGAAGAAGGCUUUGAAGAAAUCCGGUGAUGCACCCCAACUAGAUGACCACAUGGAGCACGAUACCCAGAUCCCUCCAAUGGUAGCUCCCACAUUCGAUCGCCCCCCC